UUUGCAAUAUUGCCACAGGACACACGAAACACAAAAUGAUUCUAUAACCCUCUGUCGACACAGUUAAAACAAGAGUAAGCUACAAAGCUACACAUUUUGUUUUGUGGAUACAAAUUAAUUAAUCCUCACAACCUGAGAUUUUUGAUAAGAAGAAAUCUUGAUAGUCAAUGAAAAUCGUAUGGUAACAUAGACUUCUCCCCAACUCUAAUCCAAUACUUGUAACUUUCCUUGUCUUACGGACACAGUUAGCCUCGUGCUGUGACUAUUGACUAGAGACCAGACUGUUCCUGGAAGUAGUUGACUAGAGGCCUGUUCUUUUCGCAAACGCGCGACUAGCAGCGGCAACUGAAAAUUACCUCUUUACCAUCAGAAAUAUAGCGCUGGUGAAAUAACCGAAACUUCCUUUUUCAGUCGCAGCGGCAAAACGCAGUAACUAAAUCCGACGCUGAAAAUAUCAGUGGCAGCAUCAUCCUCUUUUUCCAUCGUUGCGGCAAGCUGCGAUAAUUAAGUUUACUUUCAAGAGCGUUCAUCUUGACUCCGUCAAAGUGUGAUUUUGUUGCCGCGACCGCUAGUCGCAGCGGCAAUGAAAAGAACAGGCCUUAGGUAUCAAAAGUGUAGAUACACAUUUCAAAACUGGUUUUGUCACAUAAACUAUUUGUUUUGAAUACAAGCUUAAUCUAGAGAAUGACAUUAUAACACUAAUUGGGUAAGGAAAAUAAACAUUAACAACAUUUACAGAAAAUAUGUCUCUACCGAGCAUCAUAUGCCAAAUCUGGAUCCAAAAAGACACUUGCAAACACAAUCUUUUGAGGUGAUUAGUUUGGAUCUUUGAUACUCAUUUCCACAAUAUUUUCUCAGUAUUAUUUUCCUAUGGAGACAAAAACUUAACGUCGUUCUCUCUGUUUUGGCAAAGCAAAGAUAUCUUUGCCAACUGGCACUAUACCUUACCUCAAAUCCUCCUUUAUAAAGAGCAAGGACUACAUCUGUGCAACAUAUCCUCUCUUUCAUAUAAGUUAUUACUAGAGAAAUACGCCAAACUUUUUCACAAUGGCAUCAAACUCAAUGUCUUCUUAUGGAUCUGGCUCAUGGACUGUUAAGCAGAACAAAGCCUUUGAGCGUGCUCUAGCAACCUAUGACCAAGACACUCCUGACCGUUGGUAUAAUGUUGCUAGAGCUGUUGGUGGAACAACACCUGAUGAAGCUAAGAGACAAUAUGACCUUCUCGUACGUGACAUCGAAAUCAUCGAUAAUGGGCAUGUGCCAUUCCCUAACUACACGACUACUGGAGGCAGAACCAAAGGCAGGCUGCGUGAUGAGGAAAAAAGUGCCUCCUUAGGCUUUGUAACAAACCAGACAGCAAAAGGUACCCAAAAUAUUUAUGCCUAGAAUCAUUCCUUCUCAGUUUGGUAUGUAAUAUUUACUGUCCGAUCCCACAUCUUGCCCAAGAAGGUUCGGGAAAAAAAACGAAACCUAUUCAUCAUGAAACUACUAAGUACUAUAUUUAAAGAAAAUAAAACGAAGCUUUCUAUGAAAACAAACAAGAUGUAAUUUUACCAAAAAAGAAAACAAAAAAACAAACAUACAAGCAAAAUCAAUGUAACAAGUUUUCUUUUAAUUCCUUCAUUU